AAGCGAUGGAUACUCAACCGAAAGACAUCAAUCAGCUAACAACGCUCAAAAGUCAAAAAUCGUUCUUUCUUACGAACCUAAAACUCAAAACCUAACAAAAUGUACAAAUUGUUUGUCCUUGCUGCCCUUGUCGCCGUUGCCGCCGCUGCCCCAAGCCACUUGUAUGAGAGUCCAGUUGUGUACUCCGCUCCAGCAUCGGUUGCCUACCAUGAACCCGUCUUGGCUAAAGUUGGCUCCGUGGUGAAGAGCAUUCCCACCGCUGUCUCCCAUCAAAGUCAGUCGAUUGUGCACAGUUCAGCUCAUGUUGUGGAGGAUGUGGUUGCACCCGUUGUGAAGACCAGCUAUGUCUCCGCCCCAGUAGUGAAGACCAUCCACUCUGCUCCUCUGGUGCACACCUCAUAUGCCGCUGCCGCCCCCAUCAUCAAAUCAUACGCUGCUGCUCCAGUUGUGCACAGUUAUGCUGCACCUUUGGCUUAUGACACCCACUACUCAUCCUGGUAAAUGGACGA